AUGGCAAUUGGACUCAAUCUGUAGUCAUUAUCAUAUCUCGAUAUUAGUAUUCUUCCAAAGCGAAGCGAACACUCAAAGACGUAACGUAAGCAAACUUGACUCUUCUACAGUGACGUUGAUGCUGUCCUCGCUUUUCACCAAAAAACCUCAGCGCGAAAAUGCUGCAGAGUCGCCUAAGGUCACUGAAGCGCCGCAAGUCUUGAAUAGAACAUCGAAAAGUCCGCCCCAUUCGCUAGUCACCGGCUUACACACUCCACACGAUGCUGCACUAGCAGAAUUAUACGCGACACCUUCAGAGCACUUUGAACAUGAGUCUGAAGGGGGCACAAUCGAGGAAGCUCAUGCGUCUGUCAGCCUUCCUUCACCAGCUAUCGCCACCUCUAAUCACCCUGACCCUCGCGAAGUCGUCGGAGAUCCCUUCAAUGGACAAAAGCUGGGAAUACUUGGCCUUCCUGAUUCCAAUCUGAAUCCUGAAGCUCAUAUCCCUCUGAGUGAUGCCGCUAGUCGCAACGAAGAGAUAUGGUCUCGACUGUCUACCGUUAUAGAUCUGCAAAGUCAAAUUGCAACUCUGCACCUCGAGAUGGAGGGAAUAGGUGGCAAGGGUGACCAAGGAAAGGGUAAAGGGAAGGCAAAUAAGGCGCCCAACGUCAGCAAGCGACCUCCAGUGCGCGCUGCCAGUAGCACAGCGGAGUUAUUGGAUCUCGAACACGAUGAGGGAGUUGGCGUUGGAGAUGACGAGGAUGAAGAGCAGAGGAAGGAUAGAGAGAGGGAAGAAGAUUUUGCAAGGCUAGCCGACCAGUUCGAGGGGAGGAAAGAAGGCGUGAAGAGCAUUAUGUCAAAGGUGAUUGUCUACUUUAUUCCACUGUCUCAUUUACCGAACAACGUGCUUCUAGCUCGAUGAAUUAUCACUGGCGUUGACCGAGUUUCACGCGUUGCAGGCACCCAACAUCCAUUUUCCCUCUUCAAGGCACAACUCCUUUCCUGUCACUACCCCUACUUCUAGUAUCCAGACUACCCAAUCACCUGUAACGCUUCCUCCCAUCAUUUCAAUACCAAAAGAUCGUCCCUCUAAUAGUAUUCUGAGUCCUUCGCGUAUGUUGGACAGUCCUGACUCUGCUGAGAGUCACGAGUUCCGAUGAUGUGGUUUGCAUUCGAUUCUGGAUCUCAUUUCUCCCA